GAAAGGAGGCUUUUCCCUUGGAAGUAAGAAAGGAAGAGCUCCUGCACAGAAGCUUUGCUGCAGAGGCCAUGGGCUGCUGGAAGCAAGAGAAAACCACCACCUGGGCUUUUCCCACCCUGAUCCUCUGCCUCUAUGGAUUCUUCUACAUGAUGAAACCAUCGGAACCUUUCCUAACACCAUAUCUAACAGGACCAGAUAAAAACCUCACCACAGAUGAGGUUACCAACCAGAUUCUGCCAGUUUGGACAUACUCCUACCUCGCUCUCCUCUUCCCCGUGUUCCUGCUCACCGACUACGUGCGCUACAAGCCCGUGCUGCUCCUGCAGGGCACCAGCCUCAUCGUCACCUGGCUCCUGCUGCUCUUUGCACACGGAGUGGUGGCCAUGCAGCUGGUGGAAUUCUUCUACGGCAUGGUCACAGCCACCGAGGUGGCCUAUUACGCCUACAUCUACAGCGUGGUCAGCACCCAGCACUACCAGAGGGUCACCAGCUACUGCAGGAGUGUCACUCUGGUGGCAGCCACCGUGGCCGCCGUGCUGGGACAGCUGCUGGUGUCCUUAGCACACGUCUCCUACUUCUACCUCAACGCCAUGACCUUGGCUUCCGUGUCCCUGGCGUUCCUGUGCGCGUUCUUCCUGCCCAUGCCCCAGAGGAGCAUGUUCUUCCACAGGAAAGGAGCCCCCGAGCCUCUGGCAGGGCCUGACAAAGGGCUGGCUGCGGGCACUGCCCACGGGCCCUCGAGCUGCCCGGAGGAAAGGAGCCCCGACGCUGCUGCCAGGGGCCCGAGCCCCCAGCCCCAGGCUGGCAGUGCCAGGCCCCAGGGGCACAUGCUCAGCGUGCUGCUGCAGCUGGCCAGGGACCUGAGGGAUUGCUACGGCUCCCGCAAACUCCUCUACUGGUCCCUGUGGUGGGCUCUGGCCACGGCCGGCUUUAACCAGGUGGUGAACUAUGUCCAGGUGCUGUGGGACUGGCGAGCCCCCUCCCACAGCUCUGCAGUGUACAACGGAGCUGUCGAAGCAAUAGCAACGUUCCUGAGCUCAGUAACAUCUUUCCUAGUACAAUAUAUGAAGAUUAACUGGGACCUUUUUGGAGAACUGGCGUUAGGGAUCUUCUCUGCAAUAGAUGCUGGCUGUCUGUUUCUCAUGCACUUCUCUACCAACAUCUGGGCAUGUUAUGCUGGGUAUCUCAUUUUCAAGGCAUGCUAUGUGCUCCUUCUGACAAUUGCAACGUUCCAGAUUGCUGUCAAUCUGAGCAUGGAACGCUAUGCCCUGAUUUUUGGAUUCAACAGCAUCGUUGCCCUGCUGAUUCAGACCAUUCUCACAAUACUUGUUGUAGAUUCAAGAGGCCUGGGACUGGACAUAGUGACUCAAUUUUUAAUUUAUGGCAGCUACUUCGCAGUCAUACAUGGGAUUUUCAUGAUCAGAAGCAUUUGUGUGCUGGUCUCAUGCAAAUGCCAAAGGAAAAUAGUGAGAUCUUGCACAGAGCAGCUGAACCAGGCUGAGCACGAGUCAAGAGAGCAGAUUGUCACAAGCUACAUGACACGGCUGUAGGAGGCAGGCAGGCUGGAGAAGGGCUUCUCCUGGGAGAAGGGCUCCCAGCAGGGAAGAAGAGCAGCAUGCAGGGAAGAGCAGUGCAAGAAGAACGUUCCACUCAGGCCUGAACAGCUACGCUGAAUCAUUCCAGCAUUUCAGCACAACAUAUGCCAGCAGAGAGCUCUCCAGAAUGACACUGUGCCAAGAAUAAAAGAUAAGUUGCUUUAGAUUCUUAUUUACACAUGUAUAAAGAGCUCAAGGGCAAUAAUUUAUACAUAGAAUCUGAGCAACCACCUCUGUAUCUCCCCAUGCAUGACAGAGAGCAGAGUUCACCCUGCCUUGCUCAUUAUAGCUCCUCAAUGUGGUACUGCCAAAGCUGCUUCUCACAUUUGUUGAUGCAGUGGCUGAAGGUCUGACUCCCCUUUGCACAACCUUUGUUCUGAACCAAGGAAGAAAAUAUCAUGUUUGUAUCAUUCUAUUCUUUCAUACCCAGUACAGGCAGA